GUUGAAAACAACAAGCUCCAAAAAUACACAAACACAAAAAAAAACUCUUCUAAACCCGUCUGACAUCUUUGGCUACAAAACCUCUGACUGAAACUGUGACAAUGAGGAUGGAAACUAAAGUGUUCAUCUGUGCUCUGUGUGUCUGUUUGGUAGCAGUUCUAGGGGAUAAGACAACACCCACACCCAAACCCAAGAUCCUGAUUAAUCCAAAGAUAUUUCUGACAUACAUACCCUCAGAGAAAAAUCCUGUCAAUGGAAGUGAUUUUGAGCAGAUGACAAACCACACGUCAAAUGCAAAUAUAACACAAGAAAGUAUUUUGGAAACAACCGUUGCAUCGAACCUUGCAGAGAAUGAUGUGAAACAAAAUGACUCAGACACAACUCAAUGGUUAGAAAGACCCUGAAGACAAUUUAUGUUGUCCAACCCUUUUUCUUCUCAGAUUAAAGACAGGAAAAGAAAAGAGAACUGGAAAACAGUCAACCCUGAUGAAAUGACCUGCUUUAAUGUCUGUUGAACAAAUUACCUUUGUAAUUAAUUACCAAAUUACCUUUGUACUGACUAUUGUCAUAAUGUGUUAUGCUAGACGGUGAACGAUAAAACAUUGAGAGUAAGCCAUUGUUAUAGUACAGUAUAUCAAAAGUUGAUAAUUGCAUUAUUAAAGUUUAUUUAAUAGUCGAUAGUUUAUUAGACUAUGUAUGCUAAUCAAAAGUGUAAUUUUCAUUAUUUGGUGAUAAUGUCAAACUAAUUUAAUUAAACUGUCCACUGGGGAAGUUGCUGGGUCACAUACAAACUGUGAUGAUCUGCUGAUUAUAUGUUCUCAAAAGUAAUAAAAACAUGUAGUAGCAAACAAGCCUACAAAACUACUGAAUAUUUAUGCCUAUUUCUUCCCACAUUCAUGUGUUUGUAUUUCCUGUCAAAUUCAUUUAUUUUAAGUAAUUUAGUACUUUAAAUGACCGUAUUUUCCAAAUGUAUAUUCCAUAUGUUAGUUAAAAAAUGAUUUGCACCUGUAUGGUGUGUACGAUUGUGUUUAAGAUGGGAUAACCAGACCAAACCGGCAGAUAUAUUUCAGGGAUUAUUUUAACAUGCCCCUAAUCUAAUUUGACCUGAGACAGAGGAGACUAACAAUUGCCUGACUAAUCCUUGUUUACAUUUUUAUCGAUUUAUUGUAAUUUUCAGUUUGAAACUUUUCUAUUCUAUGUAUUGGAGUUAAUUUUGUGUAUGCAUGAAAAAUCUGCAAUGUCACUCUGGACAUGUUGGCUGACUGAAGCGAAGCAAACACUGGACCACAACUUGCCCCUCAGGGCCUGGGCUGUCAUUCAGGCACACACACACACACACACACACACACACACAAAGAGAAAGGAGAGAGGGGGUCCUGACGUGUUCCCAGGCCCCAGGAUCUCCGCACCUCUCAGCAGCAUGUAAUGAGCUUAACCACACAGCUUCAGUGCAAAGGGGUCAAUCGCUCGGAUUAUCACACUCGACUUUCACAUCAUAAUGCUCAACACCUCUCUGUUUUUAUGCUCUUCUUUUUUUAAACCUUUGAACCUUUGUAAGCUUGAAAUUUUGUAAUCUUUAUUUUCCUUUGUAAGAUUUUUACUUUUGUAGGUGAAACUUUAUACAUUAAGCUUUCAAAGCUUUUCAGAGAGGACCGACAGAACAAAUAUGGAUCAUAAUUUACUCCAGAUAAAACGAAGGGUGUAUAAGGCUUGGUGAGAUUGGGGCUGGAUGGUAGCUUUUGGAACAGGGAUUCACCCUUUGGAAACACAACCCAAUGCCACUGUGCAACAACAAGGUCACUGACGAUGGAACUUCAGCACAGCCACAGCAAGAGGAGAAAGCAAUGGUGGACUCCCUCAUCAAGGUGGUGGCAUGUCAUCGGCACUUGGCCUCCUGUGUUGGUGGAUGCACAGACAACUCCAGCCUACGACGUGAUCUUCGGCAAACACGAGAGCGAGCCCAGACACUAGCGCUGUCCUGCAGAAACCACCUGACAGCUCGACUGAGGGAUAAAACACUAGCAGAAGCUGAGAGGAAGGAAACAGAGCUGCUGUGGGUGGCAUUCUCCUCUUGUCUGGAGCUUUUGCAUGCAGACAUGUGCAAGGUUUUCACCAUGGUCAAGCACUUUUCCCUUGCCAAUAACAGUGCCAUGGUGCAAACAGGCAUACAGGGGGGGUCAACAGAGGUGGCAGCACGUGCUCUGAGUCUGCCUGACCUGCAGGAGGCAGGUGACGGGUCCCAGACGUCCAGCGUGGAGGGUCAGGAGCAGAGUCAGCUGGAGCAGGAGAUCGCACAGGUGGACCGUACGCUGGAGGACCUGGAACAGAAGGUCAAUGUGCUGCGCUGGACAGUGGAGGCGCUGGGUCCUCAGUAUGCUGACCCCGUCAGCACUGACAGUGCUUCGCUAGCGCUGCUGUCCAUUGACGAAGAGGCAGCUCGGGGCUUUAGCAGUCACAGCCAGAUGUUUGCAGUAAUGAUGCUGUGCAGUGUGGCAAUCUUUGCCAUGGUGCUAUCAGUGUGUGUGGUGUUCCUGGUCUGAAGUCUAAUCUUCACUUGUGCAGGCUUUUUCUUUUCCAGAGGUCUCUUCAGUUGUGUUCAGCCAAACAUCAACAGUCUGUGUACUUAUUAACUAUGUAACAGUUCCUUGCUGUUGAUCUUAACAGAGUCUGUGAGUCUUUUUUUACAUAAAAAAACUGCCAUUAACUUUGGGUGUGUGAUCUUUCAUAGCAAAAGAGAGAUGAAUGAAUUCAAGCAAAGUAGACAAAUCUGAUUUACUUUCUGAUUUAGUGAUGUACUUCAGGAUGCUGUCUAUGAAAAUAAGAGUGUUAUUCAUAAGCUGGUUUAUCAUGUUGUACCUUCAGAAGUCAUCUUUUGUUUUAGUUUUUGACUAGGCCUAUAGCAAAUACAGUAUCAACACUCACACAACAUUUAAUCCAUUAACUAUUGCCUAGCAAGUCUGUACUGUCUUCUCAAAUCACCACCAACAGAAAAGCAUUAAAGUGUUAUCCACGUUUUA